AUGCACAUGUCCCUCCACAAGUACAUCCUGGACCCAUCAGGUCUACCCCCACUUCUCCGCAGUGUGCGAGGCGCACUCUUCCCCAAUAAUCUGCCAGGGACCUCGAGCCUGACGGCACCCUUGUCCGAAGACGAGCUGCUUGCGCUAAGGCGCAGGUGUGCUAAGGAUCUUUGGGCGCUAAUUUCGCCUGGAUUCAUGGCAAAGCUCGUUGGGUCCGUUUAUUUCGGUGGCCGUAGCGGGUUUGGCGGCAAUUCCAGUUCCAAGGCCAGGGCCGCGGGCCUAAAGACCACCAGGCCAGUUGCCAAUGUUAGUACCGGUACUACUAACGCGUCUAUGGUAGUAGGUGAAGAGGAUGCCAAAAGGGGAGUAGCACUAGCCGGUGCCUCUCGUUCUACGACCAGUAGGGGGGCAAGCAAUGCCGGUUCUGCCACUGUCCAGCCUGCUGCUCCUCAAAACUCAUCACAGAAGCAGGUGCAGGUGCAGGUGCAGGGAGGUCAGACACAAAUGGAACAGAUGCGGAGCGGGAGCGGACCGAAGAAAAGCGGCCUAGAUCAGGGCCAGCAGGCGGUGGUUCCUGGUUCUGCUGCUGCUAGUACUACUGGCGGCCCAGUCCCAGCUCAUCAACAGGGGUCAGGGUCGUCUGGAUCACUUUCUUCCUUGCUGUCUGUUGCCCCUGCCCCUGGAUUUGGGCCUGGGUCUGGCCGUAGGGGGUCAGCAUCACCCUCGGUAACAGCAACAGCAUCGGCGGGAAUAGCAGCAACCACCACCACCAGUUCCGAUCCCCGUUCAGGCAGCAGCAGCUCUAGUAUGGGCAAUAGUCGGAGCAGUAGCAAGCUUUCUCUUACUGCUACUGGUGGCUCACAAAAGUCUGCUGUUGGUAAUGGUGGUAAUGGUGGUAAUGGUGGUGGUGGUAGCACUAACGAUGCCGCCAUCCGCGCAGCAGCAUCGGCUACCAAAACCAAACUAGCCAAGAGGGUGGAGGACCAACACGCUCAUGUUGAUGAAGCCCAUCGUCAGCAAGAGCUAGACGCGGAUGUUGCGGAUGCAGAUGCAGGGGCGGGUGAUGAUCACGCCGCCGCUUCUGCCGCAGGCGGUCAAGCUCACGUUGAUGAAACCGAAAUUGACGAAGUUGACGAAGACCAAAACGAAGACGAAGAGACGAUUUUGACGGAAAUCGAGCAAGGGAUUCUGGAUGUGUUUAGCGAUGCGUAUCUGAACAAGCAUCUGAUUUAUUCCAUGCUGGAGUUGAUCCUGGUGCGGUUGAUGCCUGAGUUGGCGGAAAAGAAGGUUAGCGAGCUUUGGGAGGAGAGGCUUGCUUGA